GCAGGGCCUCGCACCCGUUCCCUCAGCUGCUCUCCUUAAAAUUGCCUGCGCUCGAGGGCGCCCUCAGUGCCUUUCGACCCUGUCAUGACUGCUCUAGGUGACAGCUGAUUCAUAAAAACGGGCUGCCUCAAAAUGUAAGCAGUUGAUUGCAGUGAAUACCAUUGCAAGCGCCUGGGUACUGCGCAUUACAGUUUUGUCAGCUUCGUAUAUCAGCCCAGAAAGGCAGCUGUCAUGAAGCGCAAGGUUCUUUUUCUCGUGGCUGACUGCACAUGUACGUGUGGAUCUGUAUGGGGGGGGGCAUUGGAUUUUGGAGUGAUAACAGCAGCUCUGUGACUCUCCUGUGCGUGCAAUCACAGAAGUCUCUGUAUCAGCUCUGCUCUGUGUAUCAGCUGUUGUUACUGACCUUUUUUUUAACCUGUCAAACUCAUUUGGAAAAGAGAAAGACUGCAGAGCCAUAAGCAAAGAUUAAUCUUUGCAACAGAGUUAAAAGGGCUUUUAACACAUCUUAGGAUGUGUACAGGGUAGGCAACUGGUUCAAAUUCAGGAGUAGCAGGUUUGAGCUGCUGCUAGAUUUGUGGUUGGAGUUGAAGCAGUACAGAUGACUCUUUCUUGUCUUUGUCUCCAUCUCACCAAGGCCUCUCAACCUGGAUCUUCCAUGUAGCCAGCCUUCUUUUGCAGUUUAUAUUCUAGAAAGGAGGUCUACGAGCAAGGAGAUCCACUUUGAAGCUGCGUUAUUCUCUGCAGGUCAUCUUGCUCUGAAUAGCUGCCAGUGUUCCAAGCAGUCAAAUACUUGUCAUUUCAAGUAACCUGAAUUCUCUUGCUAUAUUCCUAUUAAGUCCAGCCCUAUGAGAAGUGAAAAUUAAAUAAGAUUUGCCUCCCAAGUAAAGGGGGGGGAGCCAAGGUGAGCAUGGAGAGGUAAGUGGGAGUAAAGGAUAGCAGAACUGGAGAUAGGGGAUAAAAGUUGAUAGAAGUGGAACAGAAGAGAGAACAGAGGAGCAGAGGUGUGAUUAAAAAAAAUGUAGACUGCUUAGCUGGGGCCUGAAAUAGAGGCAGUACCUACAGACCUCUGCAAUGCGUCAAAAAUUCAUAUAACAACAUUAUUUCAGGUGACAUUGCUGGAACCACAGAAAUAAAAUUGAAUCUCUCUUGAAUACGUGUGUUAGGUCUUCCUUGCAUGAAAUACAGGAAAAUUCCUGGGCAGCGUGAAACAAAGCUGUGAGCCAGAGUCUAGAUCCUCUAUUGUCCUGCAGUUUUCUGCUCAUACUUCUGUAUUGUGUAAGCAAGCAGUGCUAACGGCAAUCUUAGGAUGGGAACAACCUCCGUGUUGCUAGGUGAAGCAGGCUCAGGAGCACUGAGGAACGUGAAGGAGAAUGCAAAGUGCUCGUCAAGGUCAUUCAAAAGUUCUGGGAUCGAGGCACAUAUCUCUUAGGAAAAGCACCUCUCUUCUCUACAAGAAACAAGCACCACGUGAGAACCAUUGACUAUUGUAUAGUAUGAGUCAUAUGAACGCAGACAGGUACCAUAUGGUCUAAUCAAAGACUGAUUUGUUUGUAUCGUUGCUGAUAACCAGGUCAAAAUAGUGUUAUUGCAAGAAAUGGACUUGACUUUCCAAAGAGAGAUGGGUAUUUUCAAGGCUCAUUUGAGAAGCAGUUUCUAUGACCAUGGAAAGACUGAAGCACAUUUCAUUAAAAAUUUGCAUCAAAGGAUUGAGCAGAACACAACAGCAAAGUUGUGUUCAAAUUUGUUCUUCACAAUGAAUGAAGAAGCAGCUAGAAUGGAAAAGUACUCCAUGCAAACGCUCAAGUGUUACUCCAGCAAUCAAACAUUUGAAAAACUGGUGUUUUCUGGUUCACAUGGAAGGAUAUAUCCAUUUCUCUAUUUAUUAGCACCAUUAAUUUGAAAUAAAAUGACUGGAAACACUUUGUUUUAAGCAAGUUCUGUCUCCUAACACUCUCUCCUUCCCACUGGAAGAGAUCUGGUUGUAAAGGUGUUAGUCCUUGCCAAAGUGAGAAAGAACAUUUUUUUCCCAAAUACUUCCUUUAAGAUGUUUGACAGAAAAGCCUGCAUUUCUUAUCAGCGCUGCUAUGUAGAUAUAGAAACUUUGCAUAUGAGCAAACAGCAGCACCAACGUGUUGCUCCGUAGGCAGCAUUCCCUUCCUUCCCCUUCCUGGACAUAAGGACACAUCAUGAAGCUGCCCCUGCUCCUGAGCUUGGUGGUGCUCUCGCAGAGCGUGGUCAGGAUCCCACUGAAGAAAGUGAAGACCCUGAGGUGCAGACUUAAGGAACUGGGUUUGCUGGAGGACUUCCCCAAAAAAUUGCCUUCAAAUGUGGGUUCCAAGUUCUUCAACCUUACCAACAGGAUUGCCACUGACCCCCUGGAAAACUACAUGGAUAUUGAGUUUAUCGGCUCCAUCUCCAUUGGAUCCCCACCCCAAGAGUUCCUUGUGCUCUUUGACACCGGUUCCUCCAACCUGUGGGUGCCCUCAGUGAACUGCUCCAGCGAGGCCUGUGUCAACCACAACCACUUCAGUCCCCAGCAAUCUUCCACCUACCGAGCCAUCAACCAGCCUGUCUCUAUCUACUAUGGCACUGGCAGCAUGACUGGAGUCUUGGCCAAUGAAACUGUGCAUGUUGGAAGCAUCCAGGUCAGCAACCAGACCAUUGGCCUGAGUGAGCACGAGCCUGGUUCCUUUUUCUAUUAUGCUCCUUUUGAUGGUAUCCUGGGCCUGGCCUUCCCCAGCAUUGCUGCGUCUACAGCCAUCCCUGUCUUUGACAACAUGAUGAAUCGUGGUUUGAUAUCUCAGGCUGUCUUCUCAUUUUACCUCAGCUCUGAGAACAAGACAAGGAGUUUUGUGACGUUUGGAGGCAUUGACGAUUCCUGCUUCUCUGGAAGACUCAACUGGAUCCCUCUGUCCGCUGAAACUUACUGGCAAAUCUCUAUGGACAGCAUCACCAUGAAUGGCCAGGUCAUUGCUUGCCCAAGGGGUUGCCAAGCUAUGAUCGACACUGGUACCUCUCUGCUGGCUGGGCCCCUUGAUUCCAUCACUGUCAUCCAUCACAGCAUUGGUGCCAGCGAGGACUCCAAUGGUGAGUAUGUGGUCACCUGCAGUGCCAAGAACUGCUUGCCUGACAUUGUCUUCGUUAUCAAUGGUAUCAAGUUCCCCGUGCCUGCCAAGGCUUACAUCCAUCAGGUGAGUGCCUGCCCAGAAAACUAUUGCAAGAGUGGUUUUGAAGGCACCAUCAUCCCUGCCCAGUCUGGAGAACUCUGGAUCCUUGGUGAAGUCUUCCUCUGCCAGUACUACAGUGUUUUUGACAGAGCCAACAACCAAGUAGGCCUGGCCCCUGUGCGAUGAACACGCUGAUAGCCCCACGGGAUUGGCAUGGGGUGCCAUCCCUACUUCUCUGGAGCCCCUGCUACACUUAAAUCUGAUAUAGUCACCCCACGGGGAAACGGGCUCAUUCCUGACUGCAUUCACACAAUCUUGUACUUGGAACAAAGAUUCCUUCGUUAUGUCCAAAACUAACAGUACAAUCAAACCCUCUCUUCCUGCAUGAACGACUACCACACAAGCUGUUCUUACUGCAGCUCCUCGACUGGAUGCCACACUUCUUACUAAACCUAUCUCUGCAGUCUGGCACCUGUGCUAGGGGAGGUUGCUUCCCUAGCAAAUCCCAGCUUGCUUGGGGCCAUAUUGCUUCUCUUCUGUAUGCAUCAAAGAGAACUAGUGAGUUAUUCUAUAGUUUUCAUGUCAGAGAAAGCAUCUUCAUACCACUAUUUGAAAGUCAUUUUGCAUCUUAAAGGCGAUUCUUUUUAGUUCUCACACAUUUCUCCUGUUCUUAGAUUUCUUAGUACUGCUUGAAAAUUAUUCUGAGAUUUUUCUCACAUUGAAUUCCACAGCUCCUUGACUCUUUGUACAAUGAUACGUCAAAAAUCAAUGAUUCCUGAACACAGAAAUUCUUUCAUUGGCUCCUGGUGCUGCUAUCUAUUGGUAAAGAAUGAGCUCGUUCCAAAACUUCCCUUAUUUUGACAAGUGAUUUCUUCCUGUCAAGAAAAGGAAAUUCUGGUUCUCAGUAAUUAUGACUUUGCAUGUGUAAUUCUGUUUCAGCCACAGUUUUAUGUAAUAAUGGGUCUACAAUAUGAA